UGUAUCACGUACUCGAACGAAAAGGAAAGAAACUACAGUAGAGAGAAGCAAAGGAUGGUACCUGGUUUCAAGCGCUCGAUCUCGCUCCCGAUGAGUCCGCGGCGCAAGGCUCCGGAGAAACCCUACGGCCACGCGCGCUCAGCCAGCCUCCCGUGCCCGUCCCACCCCCUCGUCUCCCACCUCGAGGACGCGAUCCGAACCGUCCGGCGCUGGACCUCCGAACCGGACCGGACCCCGGUUCGGAUCUCGACCGGCCUCGGCCGGAUCGGACUCCUCCUCGCCGCGCUCGACGAGCUCCUCCGCCUCCCCCAGGCCGAGGACGCCCUCCGCCGCGCCGCCGAUCGCCUCCUCGACGACCUCCUCCUCCUCGCCGACGCCUACGGCUCGCUCCGGUCCGCAGCGCUCGCGCUCAGGGAGGCCCAAUCGGAGACUCGCGCUGCUCUACGGCGCCGCGACGCGGCGCGGCUCGCGUCCUCGCUCGGAUCGCAGCGGCGCGCGGAGAAGGAGCUCGCCCGGAUCGCCUCCGCCGUCCGAUCCGCCUCGAGAUCCGCAUCAGACACCGAGAUCGCGGGGAUCGUGGGCGAGGCGAUCGCGGCGAUCUCAGCGGCCUCCGUCGCCGUGCUCCUCGGGAUCUCGGCGAUCUCCGCCGCCGCCUCCGCCGCCGCCGCAGCAACUGCGAGAAGCUCCUCCGUGCUGGAGCCGUUGAGGAAGCUCGGGUUCAGAUCCUCGUCGAAUAAUAAGAAGGAUACGGAGGAGGAGAAGGAGAUCGCGGCGUUGGAGAGGUUGGAGGAGUUGGAGGAAUGCGUUGGGAAAUUAGAGAGCGGGAGCGAAAGGGUGUUUAGAAGUCUCGUGAACAUUCGAGUUUCCCUCCUCAACAUUCUCACUCCCUCAUUCUAGAAUCAGAGGGUGUCCAAAAAAAAAAAAAAAAAAAA